GACUAGGUAAUCUUUAGUAAAUUUAGUAAAUUUUCUAUUUCAGUAUGUUUACCUGAUGCAUUUUUCAUUUUCAAAAAUAAACAUAUAAAUGAAAUACCGAUUAAAAAUAGCACAAAAUCAAUGUAGCUACAUCUUGAAAUGAGUUUUUAAGUGAAUACUAACUUGUGAAUAGAACAUAUUUAUUUAAAAUAUUUGAACAAAAAUGGUUUGUAUUCAAGUUCAAAUAGGGCUCAAAAGCUUCUUUCUAUCCUUCGUGUUAGUAGCAAUUGUAGCUUUCGUACAAAUCUAUUAUAGUAUUAUACACUUUUGGAUAAAUGUUUUGAUGUUUUCUGCCGCCGGCGUUCUAGAUUUUAUAUUAGUAAAAGUGUUCUUCAGGAGAUAUUUUCCAUUUCAAAUUGCUGUUAGAGCUGCAUUCUUAGGCUAUGUCUUUGCCCUAGGGAUAUUUGUUAAAUUAGUAGUUCCAUCGCAUAUACAAAUCUUUGGGAGUUACAUGUGUGUGAUGUCAUUCUUCCAUUUUAGUGAAUUUAUAGCUAUAGGACUAGUCCAACCUAAAUUUGUAUCUACUGACUCCUUUGUCUUAAACCACAGCCCACAGUACAUAGCUGCUGCAGUUUCAUCCUGGUUAGAAUUCUUCAUUGAGUGCUUUUUCUUUCCAGGCAUGAAACAGUUUUAUUGGAUAUCCAAUAUUGGAUUGGGUAUAUGUAUUCUUGGAGAGCUACUGAGAAAGACUGCAAUGUUGACUGCUGGAUCAAAUUUUAAUCAUUUGGUCCAAUGUGAAAAAUUUAGUAAUCAUACUCUGGUCACGUAUGGAGUGUAUGGCUGGUUCCGACAUCCUAGUUAUGUAGGAUGGUUUUAUUGGUCUAUCGGCACUCAGAUUUUAUUAUUAAACCCUCUAUGUGUCCCCGCAUACGCUUUAGCCAGUUGGCUGUUCUUCAAGACUAGGAUAGAAAUAGAAGAAAUCACUCUACUUAACUUCUUCGGCCAAAACUACUGUGAUUAUCAAGAGAAAGUCGGGACGGGAAUCCCCUUCAUCAACGGAUAUAGAAUAUAGCCGACUAUUUUCUACAUCGAUGUGGAGUUUUCUUGUUAAGGCGGGUAUUUCUACUCUUAAAUGAUUAUAUCAAAAAUGGCUAUUCGUUAGUCUUAAUAUAUGGGUAAAUUUGAAUGACCUUUAAUUCAGACUCUUAUCAAAGUGCUAUAGCGGUACAUUUUACGCCACUCUCGAUUUUUUUCACUCUAUUUAACUAUUUCCCGAAGUAAACUUUUUAUGUCAUGAACUUUCCCACCUUCUUUUUAUUUAUCUUUGAAACUCUGUAUCAAACACCUGUUUAACUGUGUUAACAUCUGUGUAAUAUACUAGAAGUGGUACACCUUUUCUAUAUGUGACUACAUUUCGGCAGUAAUAAAAUGGCCGCUCGAGAUUAUAAAGCUAUAAAUAUUUUUUAAUUCUCUUUUUGGUCGCAUUUAUUAUGAAUUUUAAACGAUUAUGAUUAUUUUAUAAUGUUGAUGUAUUUUAUAAAUUGCUGUUUAAAAAGAAUUAUACAAUUUAAUACGACUUUUGAACUUUUUUAUUUUUUGAUAACUUUUUUUGGAAAUAAUACUACCGCGAGUCAGUUUAGUAAGCACUUUCAUUUUAUUCUAUUGGAAAAUGAUACAUUUUUGUUUUGAAUUGAUGCCAAAAAGUGUUAUUGCGUUUUGAGCCAACUCGUAUUCUAAGUUAGUCAUAUUAUACAUAUAAUGUCGAAAUUUACAUACAAUGUCAAAAGUUAAAGAACUGAAUGAAUAUAUUUCAAGCGGUACCGACGGAAACUUUCUGUUAUGCCGCGUCACUUACUUUCACUAAGUACGUUCUUUCUUAACAAAAAAUGGCUUUAUGGAUGUCAAGAUGCUUUGGGAGUCUCCUUUGUUGAUUUUUUGAUCUUUUCAUUAUGUGUAAUUUUAAAUCUAAUAAUCUAACAAUAGUCACAAACAAAGUCUGUAUUUUUCGAUGCAAUUUGUAAAUUAAAUAUAAGAUCGCACAAAAACAUUACAAAGAUCCACCUCUGGUAUGUAAUAGCUGAUUUUAACACCACAAGAAUAUUUAGUUUACUGUAGCUUUAUCCAAACCCUGCUUAAGUACUGAGUCUUUUUAUUUAUUUAUUUUUGUUAAAAUAUAAGAGGUACUAAAAAAAUUCCAGGACUAAUACUUAAAAAUUAUAAAUAAAAAUAUAAACCAUUUAUUAUUAACCUCUUGUGGAAUGCUGUUGUAACCUCUACAGCGAUUUAACUUUUAAUGUUUUCUUUCGGGUCGAACCCCUGUCUACCCUUUGGAAAAUCUUUUAAAUUUUG